AUGUCGCUCCAGAAGAUUGCUGGCGGGUCAGGAAUCGAGGACGGAAUGUCUGUCCAAAUCGAUGAAACCGUCUACAUCUUUGAAACUAAAUGUAAGAGAAAUUUGGCGUUUGCCGCUUGUAACCCAUAGUUUUGAUGGGUAAACAUGAUAACUUUAGUCGAAAAAGUUUGAUUUAAGGCGCUAGGACAAAUGCGGUUUUUGGACAUUUGCGGAUUUUUUAAAGGUUUUUUUUUAUUUUUUAGUUAAUUUAUUUGUAUUAUGGUACUAAAUUGUACUAAAUUUUGAAUUGGUACGGUUUUAACAUAACAGUACCUUUUUGGGCUUUUAGUACUAUUUAGUACCAAAAAUAUAAAAACAGUACCGAUUAAAAAUUUAGUACUAUUUAACAUUAAGAAAUAUUAAGACAGUGCCAAUUUAAACUUUAGUACCAUUUAGUACCAUACUACAACUAAAUUAACUAAAAAAUAAAAAAACCCCUUUAAAAAAUCCGCAAGUGUCCAAAAACCGAAGAUCCGCAAAUGUCCAAAAACCGCAUUUGUCCUAGCGCCUGAUUUAAUCUUCUUGCGUUAAUUUCAUAUAUUAUUACACUUUUUUUUUGUUAUUUUUCACCAUUCCAAACCUCUCGUAAUCUUAAUGUUUUGAAUAAUUUUUGACUAACCACAGUAUUUUAGAUGAAGACCAAACAGAAUAUCACAAUGGCCAUAGAAUAAUCGCAAACGGCUCCCGGUGCCAAUCUUUCAAUACCUACAAAAAGGAAUGGAGCACGAUUUCAGAAGUUCCUGCCAUUCUAGAAGAAUCCCAGCGUGGAAAACUGGAUGAGCUUUUGUUUCUACAUUCCGGAACCUUGUUCCUGUUACUCUUCAAUCGCUUCGAAGGAUUAUCCUUGCAUUCGCUUUGGCGCUUCGAAACCCAAAACUCAAGGUUCACCAAGCAUUCCGACAUUAACCACCAGAUUGUAGCACCAGGGGAUGAGAACACGUAUGGCAGCCAUCUCAAACUGGUCGAGGGGAACCAAUUCAACAUUCCUGCACCUUACUUUAUCGUCAAGUUGACAAACCUCGAGUAUGAGUUUGUCGUCUUUCAUCUAGAGAUUGCUAUUGGACACACUGUCAGUGAGAUUCUGAAGAGGGUGAAGUCAUUGCAACCAGUUAUCAAUGCUAUGGAUCCUCACCCAGUAUCAGCCCUCUACUAUCAGAAUAACAUCUACAUUACUGUCGCUGAACGAGGCUGUGGGUUAAAGUGGAAGACAGAUCAGAUAAUAAAAUUCGACAUCAAUGAAAAAACGCUACAACCUAUUGACGUAAGCUUAAUUACUUUCUAAUUAUUACAGCUUAGGUAAAAAGAUAAGGAGUUGAUAUAAAUAAUUUCAUAAAUAUUCAAACCAUAAACUUUCCGUGCUUACUAUAAUGUCAAAAUAAAUUUUGAAAAUAUUGCCUGAACUUGACAUUGUAGGUAUCGACAGAGCUGUUCGUACUGGCAUUACCUCGUUUCGACUUCUACUACCCCAUCUCGAACCAGUGGCUCCACUUCGGAUCGACCACCAAGAACGAGAAUGGGAAUAAUACUAUAUUCGUACUCAAAGAUAUAACUCGAUCUCCACAUUGGAUCAAGUACGAGUUGCCCUUGGAUGACGUCAACUUCACAGACCAUUUUCUCACAACUGACACAUCUAAUGUUGUUACUGUACUCAGGAAAGACGCCGUUUAUCAAUUCGACAUUAAUUACUUGCAGUAA